GCUGCGCGUAUAACCAGCGCACAGUGUUGGUAGUUUGCGCCAAGUAUUGCCAGAUUUACGAUGCAGGAGAUUUUUCAGUCCUUUGCUCCAUUCAAGCGCCUUCAGGAGAGCGUUGGAUGUCUGGAGACUUUUUAGCCACGGACAGAGUACUUGUGUGGUCUACAGAGGGGAAGGGAUACUUGUAUAAACUGCCGGCUAAGUGAGUAGAAAUAGUAUUUAUAAUAUUGGUCACUCGUAUAUUUUACUACGAUACACCUAUUUGUGUAAUGGGGUAGUAACAGGUAACUAAAUCUUAAAUAUGUGUUAUGGUAGAUGUGUUUGAUAUACGCUUGAUAUUUUUGGAUUUAAUAAUUUAAAAUUAAAAAUUUUGUACAAACGAAUUCAAUAUCACGCAGAGAAACUCCGAGCAUAGCCCUCUCCAUAGCUCGCUGAGCGACCUUGAGCUUCCUCAUACGGCCAGCAGUGAAGGACCACGUCUCAGUUCCAUAAGUCAUCACUGGCAACACGCACUGGUUGUACAAUUUCGUUUUCAGAUUUUGAGGUAUGUCUGACGAGAAGAUGUGUCGUAGCUUCCCGAACGCUGCCCAGCCGAGUUGAAUCCGUCGAUUGACCUCUCGGUCGAAGUUGGACUUACCUAGUCGGACUAUUUGUCCCAGGUAAACAUAAUCGUCAACAACUUCGAGCUUAGUGCUCCCAACAACUACCGGCAUAGGUGUGACAUGGACAUUGAACAUGAUCUUUGUUUUGUCCAUGUUCAUCUUAAGACCUAUCCGUUGGGAAACACUAUCGAGGUCAUUGAGCAUAGUGCUUAGGUCCUCCAGCGAUUCUGCCAUAAGGACUAUAUCGUCGGCAAAUCGAAGGUGAGUGAUGUACUCGCCAUUGAUGUUGAUACCGUAUCCUUUCCAGUCCAGAAGCUUGAAAACGUCUUCCAAUGCAGCGGUGAAGAGUUUCGGGGAUAUGACGUCACCCUGUCUUACACCUCUCUGCAAUUGGAUAGGUUUCGUACUCUGGUUCUGUACUCGGAUAGCCAUCGUAGCCCUACUGUACAAGCACUUCAACACUUCGAUAUACCGACAGUCAACUUGGCACCGCUGAAGGGACUGCAGCACCGCCCAAAUUACGACGGAAUCAAAGGCUUUCUCAUAGUCCACAUACGCCAGACAUAGUGGCAAAUUGUACUCUUCGGACUUCUGUACAAUUUGCCGAAGGGUAUGUAUGUGGUCUAUGGUGCUAAAGCCCUUUCGGAAACCGGCUUGUUCGGGAGGCUGGAAGUCGUCAAGUCUGCGCGCGAGACGAUUCGUAAUGACUCUCGAAAACAGCACGUAGACGCGGCUCAGAAGGGAAAUCGGUCUGUAGUUCUUCAAGAGAGCGUUGUCACCUUUCUUGAAGAACAAGACCACCGCACUUCUGCUCCACGCCUCCGGUGUAAUGCCACCAUGGAGGACGGAAUUAAAGAGCUUCUGAAGGACUUCAAGUACCGGUUUUCCACCCGCUUUCAGAAGCUCCGCUGUAAUUCCAUCCUCGCCUGGGGCCUUACCGUUUUUAAGGUGCUGGAGAGCCAUUCUAAUCUCGCUCAGACUGACGUCCGGGAUAUCUUCGGAAUAGUGUCGGAUGAGACUCGGUCUUGGAUCGUUACUCACACUUGCGUGUGGCUCCAACGAUGACGUGUACAGCUGCCCAUAGAACCUCUCAAUCUCACUCAAAAUCUCAGGUGUCCCGGAAACGAUGCUGCGUGAUGCGUGAUAAACUUAGGAAUGAGGAUAUCCGCAGUAGAACCAGAGUAACCGACAUAGCCCAACGGAUUAGUAAGCUGAAGUGGCAGUGGGCCGGCCAUAUAGCUCGAAGAACCGACAACCGAUGGGGAAGAAAGGUUCUCGAGUGGCAGCCUCGUACCGGUAGGCGAAGUGUAGGGCGUCCCCCCACGAGAUGGAGUGACGACCUGGUAAGACAUGCAGGAAGUCGAUGGAUGCAGGUGGCUCAGGACCGUGCUUUGUGGCAUUCUUUGGGGGAGGCCUAUGUUCAGCAGUGGACUUGUGAAGGGCUGUAAUGAUGAUGAUGAUGAUGAUGAUGAUGAUGAAUUCAAUAUAAAUUAUUAAAAAUAACUCAAAAACUAUUGGUCAGACCUUGAUCAAAUUUAUAUGCGACCACAUGUGAAGCACUAGCUAUAAAAUAAAAAAGAAUCAUCGAUAUCGGUUCACCCUGUAAAAAGUUAUGAGGUAACACUCAUAAAAAAAAAACAUACAGUCGAAUUGAGUAUCGUCUCCUUUUUGAAGUUGGUAGGAAAGAACCCCUGACCCAAUUAAGUAAUAGUUUUGUUAGAACCGACAUGACCAAUAUGAUUGUGAGUAAUUGUAAGCGAUGUACUUGCAGAUAAACAGUGAUUAUGUACUUCAUAGUAUAUUCAAUAAGGAGAACAGACUCCGCCUACCUGGGGAAUUGUGAUAAUAUCUAUGGGAGUAAAAUAAUUUAGAAUUUUGUUUAUGGUAUGUUAUUGUUUGUUAAUGGGGUGUUUAUAAAUCAUGGUUUUAUAUGAUUUCAUCAUUAGAUGUUCAUCAGAGCACAUUGCCUGGUAUUUAUGUGUUGAAUGUCUUUCAUACACAACACACAGAUUUGUCAUGGACACAGACUAGAUUAUGUUAGAUUUUUUUUUAUAAAUCAUCUUCGAUUAACAAGUGUACAGUUCACAGUAGAGUAAGUAUAAAGAAGUAUAAAUGCUGAACCGGUAUUUAUAAGAAUGUAUGAUACAAUAUUUUAUUUUCCUCAUUUCAUUAUACAUAAUCUACAUAACAUAUUCAACACCCAAUUAUGGAUGUGCAAAAAGGAUUACAUUCUGUGAAAUUAUGAAAACUAAAGUAUAAUUUUUAGUGAUAGUGAAAAAAUACAUUUUAUAAACAUAUUAUACAAAUAUAUAAUAAAUGUAUACAAAAAAGUUGUAUAUUUAAAUGCUAUUUUGAAGAGAAAACGUUAGGUUAACACAUUAUGUAAUAAUAAUUACAUAAUAUUUGAUAAUAUAUCUAAUCUAACCUUACACAAUUAUCCAUCGCUUGUCACGUCUGUAGUAAGUCUAAUAUUAAAAACGCAAAUAAGCCUAAAAUUAAGUUAACUAAUUAAAUUAACAGUUGAUGAAAAUUGAUUAAAAGAAAUUAUUUCAUUCAGCACCUUUAUAACAUUUUCAUAGGCCCUAAUUUAAUAUCUGCACAAGAUAUUUUGGUCAUUAUUGAGUCUAUUCUCUCACAAAAAACUAACAAACAUUUUAUUCUGCCUGCCGGCUAAAUGCUAAAAUGUCAAUUUCUUUUAUAGCAAGCUACGCGGACGGGCUAUACGUAGGUCAGCACAGAUUGAUUUGUUAUUUCGUACGUAAUUGUUUUAGAUGUAAUAUGUAUUGCAGUUCGAUUCCUUUGCUAGCACUUUUUAAGGCUUGUUUCAUAAAGUUUUUGUGUCACACAGUGUCGCUGAUUGAGUUUAGAAAAGGUUGUAAGUUGUAAAUGAAAAUAAAACCUUUUCAGAACAUUAGCGUAUCAAGCUGUCAUUUUGGUGUAUAUUAUUUCAUUAUCGUUCAUUUAAUUACAAUAUAAUGUGGUAUAUUAGUCGUAGUUGAAAUAGUUGGUAUGGUAUGUUUUGAUUUUAAUAGCAGUUUUAUAACUUUAUUUUGCAAACACAAGCCCAAAUCACUACAUUACUUUUUAUUUAAUGUCAGUUCUUUGAUAAACAUGUAUCUGUAAUUCCAUGUAUCUAAAAUUGCUUUAGAAAAACGUACUUCACUUUGAAUUAUAACAUGAAAUAUGUGAUUGGUUAAUAUUUUUUUUUUAUAUUUUGUUACUGUCACUAUUUACUUCUGUUGUUGUUAAAUAAUAUUAUAAUGAUUUUUUUAUUCGGAUGUUCCGAUGAAAUCGAACGCAACUAUUUUUCCACCGUUCUUAUGAACGCAAGGAGCGACAGUUAAUCGUAUUAUUAUUUGCAGCUCCGUGCCAGAUCAUAAAGGGUUCCAUGGUCCCACAGUGGAACACGACAGCCCAGUCCUCUUUGGUAUUUUGGCCCAUCCCGACAACAAGGUAUACUUGAUAACAUUUUAGCCAGUUAUCUCUAUGUUACCCGCAAACAAAUGAAACUGAUUUCAAUUAUCCGUGGCUAGCUGCUGUCAUGUCCGCCGGCGAUGCGAUUCGUGACGACAUCUGUGGGCGGCAAACAGCGACGUCUGCUGCUACGAGGCGACUCGCACGGAGUUGUGUCUGUUUGGAGCGUGGACGACGCGGCCACGCCAGUGCCCAACCAACUGCCUUGUAAGUAUAGUGUUGGCUAGCCUAACUAAGCUUCCUUAGUUAGUUCUUUCUUGCUGGCCCUUCACAGGACAGAGGUUUUUUUACG